GUAGCCUUUCCACCUCUAAUAUCUCAAACGGGCGAUUGCGAUGUUUGUUCGUUAGACAACGCUGAGUUAGUGCUUAGGUUUGGUAAUAUCACCCCCGGCAGCAGACACUAAUACAUAUUCAGGAAACUGGGUACAGCCCAGCUGAGAGAGUAUUAUCGAUAUAAAGAUUUUAUUACUUCCACUCCGGUUUCGUUUAUCGUCUUGUCAAGUGUAAUUCCGUCCAGACGAGCAGACCUUUCGUCACCGGUUUCCCUUAUUGGAAAAUCCCGGUGUUCACCAUGAGGAAAGGCUUGGUUCUGUGCCUUGCACUCAUGAUAUUUUCAAACGCAGCCAGAAGCCAGGUCAAAAAAAAGAAAGGGCAAAAAGAAAACCGCCUCAAAGAUGAAGGAAAGGAGGCGACGUGUCAAUUGGAGAUCGCGUUUCUCCUGGACAGCUCCGAGAGCGCCAAGACCGUGCUGUUCCAGAAGCAGAGGGAGUUCGUCCGCAGCCUGGCGAAGCAGAUCAUGCAGAUGAAGUUGCACAACCAGGACCUGAAGAUCCGCAUGGCCCUCUUGCAGUACAGCAGCACGGUCUCCAUCGAGCAGCGAUUCCGCGACUGGCAGAACCUGGAGGACUUCCAGGUCCGGCUGUGGACCAUGGCGUACAUCGGCCAGGGCACCUACUCGUCCUACGCCAUCACCAAUGCCACAGAGCUCUUUGUGUCGGAGACCAAACCCGACAGCCUGAGGGUGGCACUCCUCAUGACGGAUGGAGGUGACCACCCGCAGAACCCCAACACUGUGGGAGCUGCCAGUGAAGCGAAGAACCACAAUGUCCGCCUGUUCGCCAUCGGGCUGUCGGAUAAGGCCCAGCAGGGCCUGAACAGUGCCAAGCUCCGCUCCAUUGCUAGUUCCCCGCCCCAGCAGCACUUCUUCAGCCUGACAGACAGCCUGCUGGAGAAGAAGAUUCUCAACGAGCUGAAUAAGACUUCCGCAGAGGGAUGCCAGCCAAAGGUCUGCUUGUGCGACAAAGGAGAGAGAGGCCCUGCUGGAAUCAUGGGAAAAAAGGGGGACCGUGGAAAUGAUGGUGUUCCUGGUGUGAAGGGAACGAAGGGAGAACCUGGAGUUAACGGGGAACCUGGAAUCGCUGGAGAUGAGGGCAGGCCAGGAUAUAAAGGGGAAAAGGGCGGGAGAGGGGAAUGCGGUGCACCUGGCAUCAAGGGGGACCAGGGCCUGGAGGGGCCACCGGGGCCACGUGGAGCCCGAGGAGAACAGGGUCCCAUUGGACCACCAGGAGACCUGGGCCCUGAGGGAAGGAUUGGCCCCAAAGGAGAUCGUGGACCCGGCGGGGUAUCUGGGCCUCCAGGAGAUCCUGGUGUAGGACACCCCGGGACAAAGGGGGAAAAGGGGAACCUGGGAAGACCCGGUCCCGCUGGUCCCACUGCCAUAGGGGAGCCCGGCUUGCCUGGUCCGCCUGGUGUCCCGGGGACGCAGGGACCCCAAGGGAUGGUUGGAGAAGGUGUACCAGGUCCAAAAGGCGAUCAAGGAUAUGACGGCCCCAGGGGACCUCGUGGACCGCCCGGACUGGCCAUCAAGGGGGAGAAGGGAAUUAUGGGCGCCUCCGGACCACCUGGAGAGAUUGGACUUCCAGGUUCAGGUAUUCAAGGAGAAAAGGGAGAUCGAGGACAAAUGGGUCCCCCUGGCCCAAGAGGGAUUCCAGGUUCCGGAUUUAUGGGGCCAAAGGGUGACCAGGGGUUCCCGGGUGAGCAAGGGCCUCAAGGGGAGAGAGGAAUCGGAGAGCCAGGAUCCAAAGGGGAACCUGGACCAGAUGGACUAGCUGGGCUCCCGGGGAUCCCAGGAGAAGACGGAGCGGUCGGGCCUAAGGGGGAAACUGGGUUACCUGGAGCCAGGGGACCAGAGGGCAUACUGGGAAAAGGUAUUCCUGGAGAAAAGGGAGACCGAGGAGACCGGGGUUCCAGGGGUCUGCCUGGGGGAGCAGGCUCUGUGGGCCCAGCAGGGGCUAAGGGAGAACCAGGAAGCGGGGGCCCGAUGGGGGUUCCUGGGUUGCCGGGCCAUGGCAUACGGGGCUCCAAGGGGGACCCCGGUCCGCCUGGGCCUGCUGGACCAGUGGGAGAACCAGGCACUGGACUUACCGGACCAAAGGGGGAAAGAGGACUGCAGGGUCCUGUGGGACUACGGGGUGUUAAAGGGGAAGGCAGCACUGGGCCCCAGGGACUGCCAGGAGUAGCAGGACCACCUGGAGAGAUUGGGCCAGAGGGGAAAGGGUUCCCAGGACCUAAGGGAGACAGAGGUUCCCCGGGUCUCCCUGGACCAUUAGGACCCCCAGGAUUCGGAGUGAUUGGAUCCAAGGGCUCCACAGGACAGCCGGGUCCAGCCGGUCUACAAGGACCACCAGGCGAGGGCAUCCAGGGAAUCAAGGGUGAUGUUGGAUUCCAGGGCACACCAGGCCCUCGUGGACCUCCGGGGACUGGUCUUCCUGGAGAAAAGGGAGACAGAGGAUUUCCCGGUGAGCGAGGACACAAGGGAGAGAAGGGAAAAUAUGGAGAAAUGGGAAUCCCAGGAAAAACGGGCAGAUCUGGGCAGAAAGGGGAUCCUGGCUUGACAAGAGAAGAAAUCAUUAAAAUCAUCAGGGAAAUAUGUGGAUGUGGCAUCAAAUGCAGGGAGAGUCCUCUGGAGCUGGUCUUCGUGAUCGACAGCUCCGAGAGCGUGGGACCCGAGAACUUCGACGUGGUGAAGGACUUUGUGAACACGGUGAUUGACCGCGUGUCCGUGAGCCGGGAGGCGACCCGCAUAGGAGUGGUACUCUACAGCCACAUCUCCACCGUGGUGGUCAGUCUGCAGCAGCAGUCCGGCCAAGACGACGUCAAGGCCGCCGUGCGCAAGAUGGCCUACCUGGGCGAGGGCACCUAUACGGGCAGUGCCAUCAGGCGGGCCAACCAGAUCUUCCAGGCCUCCCGCCCCGGCAUUCGAAAAGUUGCCAUUGUGCUGACUGAUGGCCAGACGGACCACCGGGAUGAAGUGAAACUAGAGGACGCGGUCAGGGAGGCCCAUAGUGCCAGCAUCGAGAUGUUUGUGAUCGGUGUGGUCAAGCGCAACGACCCUCUCUACAAAGAGUUUGUCGAGGAGAUGAACUCCAUGGCCUCUGAACCCACCGAUGAGCAUGUGUACCUGAUUGACGACUUCUUGACACUUUCUACCCUGGAGAGUAAACUCUUGAGUCAGAUUUGUGAGAGUGAAGAUGGAUCCAUGUUCAAUCCAGUCUCUCCCAGUUUCCUUUCUCUGGGUACCUCUGACGUUCCAACCAAACCAUCGGAGAGGAUGGACAUUGACAGUGGUAGUUACAUUACAAUAAGCAAACAGCCAGAAGGGCCAGAAGAACAACCAACACCCCCCCUUCCCCUAGGCCCCGCAUUGGACAGCUACAACAUCCACUCCAACACAAUUGGAAGAGCCCGGGUCAACCAAGAGAAUCAUACAAGCCUAACAGGAGAAUCGACAAACUUGUUGGCUGGGGGGCACUCACGGUUGUACAUUUCUUCCGCGGGGGGCCACAGUCCAGUGGAGCAAGAGCUCAUCACAGAGGCUUCGCAGCAGCCCCCACCCCAGCCACCUCCACCCCUGGAUCAUCACACUUUUGUACCCGAGGUGAGAUGCAGCCAGGUUCUGGACUCUGGUCCUUGCCGGGAGUAUGUGAUGAAGUGGUACUAUGACCAUACGGCCAAAGCAUGUGCGCGCUUCUGGUAUGGAGGCUGCGUCGGCAACCAGAACCAAUUCCAGACAGAAGCCAGCUGCAAAAAAGCCUGCGUGGGGGACACUGAACCACAGCUUCAGGAGCAUCUCGCAUCUACUAUUGUAACUUGAAGGGUUGUUCUCUUUAAAAAGUUUACUCAUGAGUGAGGGAAAAAAAUAUGGACCAAUUGACCAUCAUGUUCAAUGAGGAAUUAAUGAAUACGAAGGAAGUUACCCACAUCACCCAUGGAGACACCAUAAGAUGGUGUGGAAAUUGCCUUUUUGAAGUACAGUUCUCUUGGACCUCUUAAAUCCUGAUCAAACACCAAAGCUGUCAAACUUUUUCGAUGUUUGUUAAGAAACAAGGGGAUUCUAAGCCAUUUUAGGAAUAAGUGAGUUAUCACUGUGUGUAUCUGUCUACAUUGCUGUGUCUAGCAAGUAGCAUUUGUAAUAUAGUCUGUAUCACCUCAAAGGUUCAAAAAUGCAUCUGUUAUUCAGGUAAUUAUACUGUUUACUGUAUAUUGUUUCAUUGUUUAAAAAUACAAUUAUUGUGAUCAAUGACUAAUUGUGUCAGAGGUUUGUCUGCAUGAUCUCAAGACACAUUAUACCAAAACACAUAUAAGCCAAAUAUUCCUGUAAUUUUUACAUUAAUGCUUCCAUAGACUCUAUGCAUCUGUUUUUUGUGUGAGUCCAGAUUUACUUAAAUUGGUUUUUAUUUAAGUCUAAAACUACAUGUACUUAAAAGUACAUGGUUGGAACCAUGUACUUUUAUUUUGCACAAUAUCAACCAUAAAAAAAAAAAAUCAGAAAGUCGUUUUACAAUUAAACCUAUAAUUUAA